AGAUAAAAGUACCUCUUAUAUUUUAGGAAGCAGGUGAUGGCUUUGACUGGCGUGGAAGCCGACCAUACCUCCAAGACAAAGCCCCCGCACUGACGUCCAUUACAAGAUUGUAAGUUAUGUCAAAGAUUGUCUUGGGUGGCAACGAUUACCUGCGAAAGUGUCCCCUCCCUGAAAAGAACAUUCUUCUUUAAGCAUGCUCUUUCUUCCUCAAUCUAUGAGCUAAGAGGAAUAAUUUUCAUCUUUACUCACAACCCAUAUGGUGGAAGUCUUUAUAGGUUAUAAUGGUAUCAUAGGGCUCGUAGGCAAGGAUUCUUCUAGCAUACAGAAGCAGAAGCCAAAAAAGGGAGAAGGAAAAGAGAAAAGAGAAAGGUGGGAAUAAGCAUCCUCGAUCAUAUAUAGACGUGUUAAAGGUUGAGGCUUGAAAUUCCUUUGCCUUUUUUAGAAAAUGGGUAGGCAACAGUCGCUGCAGAGCAAAGCCGUCCACUUUGUUUCUGAUCUCACCACUGUUUUCCUCAAUCCCAUCUCUGACAAACCCUCGGAACCUCAUCCUCAUCCUCCUCCUUCACCCACUACCAAGCUCCUAUAUCCGCGAUUGGCUUUGCAUGGCAUCAAUUGUGUCAGGCAUAAAGCCGGGGAGGAUGGUGAAAUUUUGACCCCUCAAGAAGAUGAGAGCAAGUCGAAGAGAAGUCAACAAGAGUCAAUUAGUGCAGAGGGUUCUGGGGAUGUAGUUGAUGGGCCUGAUACUUCUUCUUUUACAGCAUUUCUCUAUUCCCUAUUGUCAUCCUCUGAGCCUGGGGAUAAUUUGAAGUCAGAUGAACAGAAUAAUGACAAAGGAGAAUCAGGGGACCGGCAAUCUGACACACUAACAAAAGAAAGUGGUGGGAAAAAAAGCCUAUUUUUGAGGGGGAAACAUUCACUCAGUAAAGCUAUUUACAAGGCUGCAAGGAUCGGUGGCUAUCGAAACCAAGAUCGCAAGGGUGACUCUGACAUGGUAUUUGAUGGGAAUGAUGCAGGAAUUUCUGGAGUUGAAAUGAGGCAUGUGGAAAAUGAGAAAGAGUCUGUGGGCUUGGUCAAAGUCCCAGAUGUUUCUGAACCUUCAUUGCUUCUUUCAGAGAAAAGUAGAAGUGCUCUUUAUGCUUCCCUUCCAGCACUUGUUCAAGGGAGGCAAUGGUUAUUGCUCUAUAGUACAUGGAGGCAUGGCAUAUCACUUUCAACCCUGUACCGAAGGAGCAUGCUUUGGCCCGGGCUCAGCUUGCUGGUUAUCGGAGACCGUAAAGGUGCAGUAUUUGGUGGCUUGGUUGAGGCACCCCUAAGACCAACCAACAAGAGAAAAUAUCAGGGAACCAACAGUACAUUUGUUUUCACGAAUAAACCCGGUCAUCCUGUUAUCUAUCGCUCAACAGGUGUAAAUCGCUAUUUCACUCUGUGCUCCACGGAAUUUCUGGCAAUUGGUGGAGGUGGUCACUUUGCACUGUAUUUGGAUGCUGAUCUAUUGAAUGGAUCAAGUUCUGUUUCGGAAACAUAUGGAAAUCCUUGUCUUGCGCACUCAGUGGACUUUGAAGUGAAGGAAGUUGAGUUGUGGGGCUUUGUAUAUGCUUCAAAAUAUGAGGAGAUGCUUUCUUUAAGCCGAAUGGAGGCUCCUGGUAUAUGCCGAUGGUAAAUACUCCUCAAGCUUUUUGUGAUAAUGGGUCAUGUUGUAAUCAGGUAGCUGCAGCUUGGUACUAAUGGUACUCUUGCAUAAUGCUGAAUGUCUUUUGUAUACACCAUGAUAUGCUCCAAAUACCAGGCUAUGUUUGUACAUACGUGUGCAUCCCAUAUAUACAACGAGCGCAUAUGCAUUGAACUGCAAGUUUUUAUGGAUAAAUGGUAGAUUUUGAUGGCAUACCGAUUGAUAAUGA